AUGUUGUCCCGUUCAUUGAUCCAGUCUACAAAGACCGCCACCAGAAAUGUGCGUUUUGCCUCCACUAAUGCUAGUAAGCAGAGCAUUGUUGAGAAGGUGACCAAUUUGUCAUCGCAAGUUGUUUACUGGGGAAAAGUCACUGGUGAAAUUGCCAAACAAGUUUACGUCAAGGAAGGCCUGAGUCCUCCUACCACCACCCAGAUCCAAAGUGUUUACCAAGAUCUCUACAAGAAGGCUUUAGAAUCUUUUGCUAACCCUCAAGCUGCCUUCCAAUCUGUCAAGGAAUCCGCCAAGAACCUCAACAAGGAUAUUGUCCUGAAGUACGGUGCUUAUGGUAUUCAAUUGGUUGGUCUGUUCUCCUUGGGAGAGAUUAUUGGAAGAAGACAAAUUGUCGGUUACCCAUCUUUCGGACCUAAGGCUGCUGCCCACCACUAA